AUGAGUAAGUUAGGUAAUACUCCUGAAACUAUAAGUUUCUUACAGAGUACUCAAGACCAAUUACUUAAUGAUACAUUAACGGAGGUUAAACCCGUUUUACUCCAUGUUUUAAAGUCUUUUGACGAUUAUCAAGCACCCACCACAAGAACUCAUAUUUUAUCAUUAAUUCAAUCGUUUAUCACUAAAGGUUAUGACAAAGAGAUAGAACUGUUCAUUAAGAAACAAUCAAACGGUACCUUUGCUGCUUCUGAUUACUUAAACCUUUUGGAUUGGUUAUAUAUCUUAAUGAAUGAAGAAAAUAGUCGUUUUAAUGAUCAAUUAAUCAUUUUAAACAAUCUUGUUAACAAAAUUAUCGAUAUACGAUUAACUAGUAGAACUUCUAGAAUCUUCAAGACUGUAGUUAGUAAUGUUAAGUUCAAUUUGGGUAAUACCUUAACACCAGAAAGAAUGGAUGAAGUUAUAAAGAAUUUCAAUUUAAAUACUGUGUCUAUAAUGGUUAUGGCUAUACUUGAAUUACAAGCCAGUAAACCUCAAUUAUAUCAUCAUUUAGAAAGUUUAGUCGAACCUAUAGUCCAAGGAUAUAAUAAGUUAGUCAAUGAUGUUGCUAAACCAUUACCUGAAUUCACAUUGAAUUUAUUUUCAGCUUUCAUUAAAGAAUUUAUCAAUGAUUCCAAUAUUGAGUUGAUUACCACAAAUUUUGAAAAAUUAAUAAUGAAAAAUAGUGAAAUAUCUUUAGGUUAUUAUGUACCAUUCUUUUGUAAAUACGUUCAAUGUUCAUUACCUGAAAAAAUUGUCACUAAGAUAGUCAAUGGAUUGAAAAAUUCCAAGGAAAAUAUCAGAUUACAUUGUUACCACACUUUAAAGUCAAUUAAUUAUGAUAAUCAUCAAGAAUUGAUCAAUUUAUGUAAAACCGGAACUCCUGAUAUUAAGAAUUUGAUCUUUAAAUUGUUAGCAGAUUUAAAAGUUGAUAGUGAAGUAUUCAUUCCUUUAAUUACUAAAGAAACCAAUGAAAGUAAUUUGGGAUUCUUAAUUCAUGGAUUCAUGGCUAAUUUAUCUUCUACAACUCCAGAAAUCAUUAAAUUGAUCAAUUCAGGUUUAACUAAUAAGAAAUUGAAUUUACGUAGAUUAUGGUUUUUGAAGUUGGGAGAAUUUGUUGAUGAAUCUUUUGAUUUUUCCGCUUUAGAUUUCAAUACUUCCUUGAAAGAAUAUUUAGCAUCACCUAUAGUCAUGGCCAAUAAUAAAGGUCUUAGUUGUGUUCUUUUACCUAUUUAUUUCAAUAAGAAAUUCAAUGUUGAAAACACUUUAGUAGAUGAAGUCAUCAAUAAUGAAAAAUUCCCUAUCACUUCAUUGAAAGUCAUCAGUAAAUUAACUGACCAACAAGAUAUUUAUUGGGCUUUUAAAGCAUUGAAUGAAUUACCUCCAACUAGUUCAUUGGUUUAUCUUUUAGCUGAUAAGAAUGUUCCUCACGAAAGUAAACGUCAAGGAUUAGAUUUUGUUAAUAUCAACAACACCCCAAUCAUCACUGAUGGUUUAUUUGAUCAUUUAAAUGGUACUGAAGGAGUUGAUCUUGAUUUCAAAGCCAUUAACGUAUUAAUCAAGAAACUUAUUUCUUUCAAAGUGGAUAAUUCUUAUAAACUUGUGAUUAUUGCCAACCAUAAACCUGUGAAUUUGAAAAAUGCAUGGAUCGGGUUGAGUCAAUUAGUUAAUAUCGAUGUUAAAUCUUUCAUCACAGAAAACUUCGACAACAUUUUCCAAUUCGUUACUGAAGAUAUCCUCAUCCCUAACCAUCCAUUAUAUCAAAGUGGAAUUCAAACCAUUGGCCAAUUAUGUUUCAUUGUUCCGGAAUUAACUAUCCCUAAAUUGAUGGACUUGUUCACCGUUCAAUUCAAAGAUGUCACAACUAUCGACGAAUUAAGUAUUCAAAUAUGGAAUAACACCAGUGACUUACCUGUUGUUAACGUUUUGAAAACUAAAGAAAUCAAUAAGAACUCUAAGAAUUAUGAAACUGAAAAAUGGGAAAACGAAUUACGUAAGGAAUUGAAGAAAGUUUCUAAAGAAGAACAAAAACUCAUCAAUGAUCAAUUAACCAAAGAAUCUACCAUCAAAUCUGAAGUUCAAUCCAAAAUCAAUAAUCUUAUCAAAAACUUUGAUAUUAUCAAUGAAUUAGUAUCAAUUUCAACUAGUUUUGAUACUAAUAUUGAGACAUGGUAUUUGAAACUGAUAUCUUUAUUCACCAAGAUCUUAUUACCUAAUUAUUCAUUGAUUUCUCAAUUGACCACUAAAUUCAGUGAAACCUUCAUCAACUUAUCAUCAGUCACUAAACUUGAUAAUUAUUUCAAACAAUUGGUAGGUGUCAAUAGUUUGAAAAUUUAUCAAAAUGUUGAUGAUUGGGAAGAUAGCACUAUCUUAAACAUUUUCUUCAGGGUUAAGAUGAUGACUGAUAAAGCUAAUUUCAAUAUCAUCACCUUAUCUUAUAUGUAUCCAUUGAUUUAUCAUAUUUUAACUACUGGGUUUGAUUAUGCUCUUAAGAGUAGUAAGAAAAUGGCUACUACGUCAGAAUUCGUGGAAGAAGAUCCUAAGGAAGAACAAUUAAUGUUAGCCAUUGAUAUUUUAUCAGGAAAUGCUGAAUUAUUUGCCAAUGAAUUAUUACCAAGGUAUGAAAUCUUGGAAGGAUUGAUCAAAUUGAUGAGAAUCCCAUCGAAAUUCCAAAUUGUUAAAGAAUCUUUCAAUGCUUUAUUAACCAAUAUUUCCAUCAACUAUAAAGUUGAAGAUUUGGAAAUCUUAUUCAAUAAUUUAAUUGUACCUAACAUUCAAAUCAAGAGUACUAUUUUAGAAAUCUUGGAUUCGGAAUUUGAUUUAUCCGAUUUACCAGGUAAAUUCAGACCGGAAAUUUGGAUUAAUUGUCAUGAUCCUUCAGCUCAAGUUAAUAAACUUGCCAAUACCAUUUGGUCGGAAAGUGAUUGGGUAGCUCCUGAAUCAAGUAGUUUUGAUAUGUUGACAGAAUUCGGUAAUCAAGAAGAUUCUGGUCUUAGAUUAUCUGUUGCCGAUACUAUUGUUGAUAAUAUCAAUCAAUAUCCUGGUUCCUUAGAUAAGUUUGUUAAGUUUUUGAUUGAAACUUACGAUAUCUAUGCUAAACCUCCACCACCUAAAUUGGAUGAAUAUGGUUUAGUUAUCAAGACCUCAACUAGUGACAAAGAUCGUUGGGAAAUCAGAUCAACUAUAGCUUUGAUCUUGAGUAAAUUAACUCCAUUAUAUUCUGUUGAUAAUAUCGUUGAAAUCUUCCAAUUCUUGGUUGAUAGAGCUUUGGGUGACCAAAAUGAAUUGGUUCGUCAAGAAUUACAAGAUGGAGGUAUUGAUAUCAUCCAACAUUUCGAAUUAUCCAAAAUUGAAGGAUUAAUCCCAUUAUUUGAAGCCAGUUUGUCUUCUAAAGAUAAUAAAAUCAAAGAAUCAACCGUCAUUUUAUAUGGAUCUUUAGGUCAACAUCUUACAAGUGAUGAUUCUCGUGUUGGAUCUAUUACAGAAAGAUUAUUAACUACAUUGAAAACUCCAAGUGAAACCGUUCAAAUAGCUAUUUCUCGUUGUUUAAGUACCAUCACUAAAUUGUUCAAUAAAUCUGCCAUCACCAAAAUGUUUGAAGAUUUAUUCAAUGAUUUGUUUAAUGAAAAAUUGGUCCAAGUUAGAAUGGGUGCAGCUUAUGGAAUUGCAGGUUUAGUCAAAGGUUUAGGAAUAAAAUCAUUAACUGAAUAUGAUAUUAUGAGAACUCUUAAUGACGCUGUUGAUGAUAAGAAAGAUGCUAUUAAAAGAGAAUCUGUUUCUUUGGUUUAUUACACUUUAUCUUUCAAUUUAGGUAAGUUCUUUGAACCUUAUGUUAUUGAGAUUUUACCUAUAAUGUUAAAACUUUUAGGUGAUCAAGUACCUGAAGUUAGAUUAGCUACUGAUAAAGCAGCUAAAAAGAUCAUGAGUAAUACUACCAGUUUUGGGGUUAAGAAAUUGAUUCCCUUAGCUAUUUCUAACUUAGAUGAAAUCGCUUGGAGAUCUAAAAAAGGUUCAGUGGAAUUACUUGGUGCCAUGGCCUAUUUAGAUCCUGCUCAAUUAUCAUCAUCAUUAUCCAUCAUCAUUCCUGAAAUUGUUGGUGUUUUGAAUGAUACUCAUAAAGAAGUAAGAAAAGCAGCUGAUCAAUCAUUGAAAAGAUUUGGUGAAGUUAUCAGAAACCCUGAAAUUCAAAAGAUUGUUCCUGAUUUAAUCCAAGCUAUUGGAGAUCCAACCAAAUGUACUGAUAAUGCAUUAGAUAAAUUGAUUAAAACUCAAUUCGUUCAUUAUAUCGAUGGUCCUUCAUUAGCUUUAAUUAUUCAUGUUAUUCAUAGAGGUAUGAAAGAUAGAUCAGCACAAACCAAACGUAAAGCUUGUCAAAUUGUUGGUAAUAUGGCUAUUUUAGUUGAUACUAAAGAUUUGAAACCUUACUUGAAUUCAUUAAUUCAAGAAUUGGAAAUCAGUAUGGUAGAUCCAGUACCUGCUACUAGAUCAACAGCUGCUAGAGCUUUAGGUUCGUUAGUUGAAAAAUUAGGUGAAGAACAAUUCCCUGAUUUAAUUCCUAAAUUAUUAGAUAACUUACAAGAUGAAUCUAAACAAGGUGAUAGAUUAGGUAGUGCUCAAGCUUUGAGUGAAAUCAUCAGUGGUUUAGGUUUGAGUAAAUUAGAUGAAUUAUUACCUAUAAUCUUAACUCAAGCUAAACAUUCAAAGAAUUAUAUAAGAGCUGGAUUCAUGCCUUUAUUAUUAUAUUUACCUGUUUGUUUUGGUGCCCAAUUUGCUCCAUAUUUGAAUAAAAUCAUUCCACCUAUUUUAAUGGGUUUGGCUGAUAAUGAUGAAGAAAUUAGAGAUAUGGCUUUAAGAUCAGGUAGAUUGAUUGUUAAGAAUUAUGCUAAAGUAGCUAUUGAUUUAUUAUUACCUGAAUUAGAGAACGGUCUUAAUGAUACUAAUUAUAGAAUCAGAUUAUCAUCGGUUGAAUUAACAGGAGAUUUGUUAUUCCAAGUUACUGGUAUUUCCGGUAAGAAUGAAUUAUUAGAAGAAGAAGAAGUUGAAGUUAAUGGAGAAAUCAAUAAAUCAUUGAUUGAAAUCUUAGGUAAAGAACGUAGAGAUAAAGUAUUAUCAUUAUUAUUCAUUUGUAGAAGUGAUGUUAAUAAUUUGGUUAGAACUAAAUCUAUUGAAAUCUGGAAAGCUUUAGUUGCUAAUACUCCAAGAACAAUCAAAGAAAUCUUAGGUCAAUUAACUGAAGUUGUUAUUAAGAAAUUAUCAAGUGAUGAUGAAGUUGAAAAGACAAUUUCUGCUACUACUUUAGGAGAAAUGGUUAAGAGAGUUGGAUCUAAUUCCUUAUCUAGUAUCUUACCAAACAUGGUGGAAUUAUUAGAUUCUAAUGAUGACAACAUUAAAGAAGGUAUUUGUAUUGCUGUUAUGGAAUUGGUUAAAUCAACUAAUGAAGAUGGUUUGAGAGAAUAUCAAGAUAUCUUCUUAUCUAUUACUUACAAAACAUUGAUUGAUAAAUCUUCAAGAGUAAGAAAUGCAGCAGCUGGAUGUUUCGAUGUGUUAACUACUGAUUUGGGUAAGGUUGUUAUUGAUGAAAUAAUUCCUAAAUUAUUGAAAAUGUUAGAAUCUGAUGAUUCAGAAUUCGCCUUAUUAGCUUUACAAGAUAUUAUGUCAACUAAAGCCGAUAUAAUCUUCCCAAUCUUGAUUCCAACCUUAUUAUCACCACCUAUUGAUACUUUCAAGAUUAAAGCUUUAAGUUCAUUAGCUUCUGUUGCUGGUAAUGCCUUAUACAAGAAAUUAACCUUAAUCAUCAAUACAUUUGUUGAUUUGAUAUUGAAGGAAACUGAUGAAAAUGAAUUAACUUUUGUUAAAUCAUCAUUUGAUCAAAUCUUAUUAUCUAUCCAUGAUAAUAGUGGAGUUAAUCCUUUAAUGCAAACUUUAUUAUCAUUAACUAAACACGAAGAUUUCAGAAAGAGAGCUAUUAUCUUUGAAAGAUUAGGAGAAUUCUUCAAAUCUACUACUUUGGAUUAUUCUAUUUACCUUAAUGAUAUGGUUUCAUCAUUUAUCUUAUCAUUAGGUGAUAAAUCUCCAGAUGUUGUUAAAGGAACUUUUGAAGCUUUAACUUCAUUAGUUAAAGCUCAACCAAAGGAUAAGUUAAGUAAAUUGGUUAAACCUGCUCAACAAUCUUUAAUGUUGACUGGAGUUAAAGGUGAAGAAUUAGAUGGAUUUAAGAUCCAAAGAGGUCCUAACUGUAUCUUACCAAUUUUCUUACAAGGUCUUAUGUAUGGUAAUAAUGAGCAAAAAGAAUUAAGUGCUUUAGGUAUUGCUGAUAUUAUUGAUAAAACUCCUGGUGAUAUUUUGAAACCUUUCUCUACCACUAUAACUGGACCAUUGAUCAGAGUUAUUGGGGAAAAGGUCAAUUCAAAUAUCAAAUCAGCUAUUUUGAUUGCUAUCAAUAAUUUAUUACUUAAGAUUCCUCAAUUCUUAAGACCUUUCAUUCCUCAAUUACAAAGAACUUUUGUAAGAUUAUUGAGUGAUCCAAGUAAUGAUGAAUUGAGAACCAGAGCUGUUCUCGGUUUAGGUAUUUUGAUCAAAUUCCAACCAAGAAUUGAUUCUUUAAUCAUUGAAUUGAUCUCAGGUUGUAAGAAUAGUGAAAGUGAUGAUAUCAAAUUAACCAUGUUGAAAGCUUUAUUAGAAAUUAUCCAUAAAUCUGGUGAUAAAUUAAAUGAAGCCUCCAAACAAAAUAUCAUGAACUUGAUUGAAGAUGAAAUGUUAGUAUCUCAAGGUAAGAUCAAUUUACAAUAUGCUAAAUUAUUGGGAUCAUUAUCAAAAAUUAUGAAUAUUGAAGAAACUACUUCAAUCGUUCAAUCUAAGAUUUUAACUGAUGAUAACAGAAACUUUGGUAUUAUCGGUAUCAAUGCUUUCUUGAAAGAAGGUGAUGAAAACUUAUCAAAUGUUAUUGAUGAUAUGAUAUCUUACAUAAUCGCAUGUAGUGAUGUUAAUGGUGAUAGUUCUGUUAAAGAUAACUCCGUUUUAGCUAUUGGUAAAUUAUUAUUAGGAAAUUUGGUCUUGAAUGAAGAACAACAAUCAACAUUAAUUCACCAAUUAUGUAAGUUGAUUCAUUUACAUGGCACUGAUUCUCCUAAUACUGUAAGAUUAUCCAUUAUCAUCACUAGAGCUGUCAGCAGAUUGAAAUAUGAUAUCAUUGAAAACAAUUUAGAUCUUGUUGUUCCAAUUAUCUUCAAUAAUGUUAGAUCACCUAUCAUUCCUAUUAAAUUGGCAGCAGAAAAAUGUUAUCUUGGAGUAUUGAAUUUAGUUGAAACUGAUGAAAUCUUCAAUAAAUGGAUCGAAGGUAAAGGAGAUAUUAAAGUUGAAGAAUUUAAUAUCAAUAUCAUCUUAAGAUCUAUCAGUGAUUAUACUAAGAGAGUGGCUAUGAGAUUAGCUAAAGUCGAAAAGGAAAGAAUCGAACAAGGAGGUGACGAAGAAACCGUUUUCAGUGACAGAAUCGAAGAUGAAAACGAAAUUUGGUCUGUGGGUAUAUAA